AUGGCAUCUGUACCAGUUCUGUCGUUACUGCUGGUUUUACUAGUUCCCGUUCAUGCAAACGCUCAACAGAACCUGUCCAACGUGAUACACUCAGGGUCUUCUCUUUCCCCCAAUGCAAACCGUACUUGUUGGGUCUCACCCUCUGGUCUUUUUGCAUUUGGUUUCUAUCCACAAAAUGAUGGAUUUGCUGUCGGAAUAUGGCUGCUUAAUCAAACUGAGAAGACAGUCAUCUGGACUGCAAAUCGAGAUGAUCCACCUGUCUCCUCUAACGCUACAGUGGAAUUAACUAUCGAUGGUAAGUUGAUGCUUCGAACAGGGAAAGGCAGAGAAAAAUCGGUUUAUAAUGCGUCUCGGCCUGCAAAUUCAGCUGCUAUGCUCGAUUCUGGUAAUUUUGUGCUCUACGGCACUGAUUCCAAUGUAAUCUGGGAUAGCUUUGAUUUUCCAACUGACACCAUAUUAGGGGGUCAGAAUCUCUCUUGGGGCGAUAAAUUGGUUUCAAGUGUGUCUAUAUCAGACCAUUCGAGUGGACGUUAUUCACUUAAUAUGAAGGUAGAUGGAAACCUCGUUGCCUACCCCGUAAACAGCUCGGAUGACGCGAGUGCAUAUUGGCCCUCUGGUACUUCUAAAAGUGGCUACCCUGCACAUCUCGUUCUCACUCGUUUAGGCGUGCUAUUGGCAAAUAGCUCAUAUCCUGACAAGAGUGGAACUACCAUCUACCGUGCAACACUUGAUGCAGAUGGGAUCUUUAGAUUGUAUUUACACCAGUUUAAGAGCGACAAUAGCUCAAGUAUGUUAAUGGAGUGGUCCGCUCUGUCUAACCAAUGUGAAGUAAAGGGUUUCUGUGGACUCAACAGUUACUGCUCAGGCAAGGGCAGCAAAGCUGACUGUUACUGUUAUCCUGGAUUUGAUUUCAUCGACACCCACAACAAGGUCCUAGGCUGCUACCAAAACUUCAAUGAAGAUGAUUAUGAUUGCGGACGCAGUGAAGAUCCAGCGAUGCUGUACAAUGUCGCUUCUUUAGAGAAUGUGUCGUGGGAUGGAAUUUAUUCCAUUAAGCCAACAGAAAAUAACGCUUGUGGCCAAUCUUGCGUGGAAGAUUGUAAUUGUGGAGCAGUACUGUAUACUGAUGGCUAUUGCAAAAAAUAUAAGCUUCCUCUUAGAUAUGGUAGAAUAAUAUAUGCAAACAAAUCAACUAUAGCUUUCUUCAAGGUGAGUAAAGUCCGGAAAGUUUUGAUUGAAAGCAAAAGAAGUCUGAUUUUGAUGCUUUCUAUUAUGUUGGGUUCAGUUUUAAGCUUGUGCUUUGUUUUGGCAACCUCUAGUAUCUUGGUAUACAGGCACAAAUUUGACAGAUACAGAAAACUGUCAGAAAACGUGAACUUGGGAUUAGCUGAAGAGUUUAGUCUGCAGUUAUUUUCUUACAAGGAGCUUGAGAGUGCUACGGAUGGCUUCAAGGAAGAGUUAGGUAGGGGCUCAUAUGGAGCAGUUUACAAAGGGACAAUCUCUGAGGGUGGCAAAACUAUUGCUGUUAAGAGACUUGAGAAAGAAGUGGAAGAAGGGGACCGUGAAUUUCGGGCUGAAAUUACUGCAAUUGCACGAACUCAUCAUAAGAAUUUGGUUCGACUACUUGGUGUUUGUAUUGAGGGAACUAAGAAGCUUUUAGUUUAUGAGUACAUGACUAAUGGCUCACUUGCUGAUCUUAUCUUCAAGGCUGAGAGGCCCCCAAUUUGGAAAGAAAGAAUAAGAUAUGCACUAGAUGUGGCCAGAGGGCUUCUCUAUCUGCAUGAAGAGAGCGAAGUCCGUAUCAUCCACUGCAACAUAAAGCCUCAAAAUAUACUCAUGGGUAAUAAUUGGACGGCAAAGAUUUCUGAUUUUGGUUUUGCAAAACUACUAAUGCCAAAUCAAUCAAGAGCCACAAUGGGUGAGGAAGGGACAAAUGCAUAUUUAGCUCCUGAAUGGGAAAAGAAUUCCUUGAUAUCAUUACAAACUGAUAUAUACAGCUUUGGCGUUGUGCUUUUGGAGAUUGUCUGUUGUAGAAGAAGCAUUGAAGUAAAUGUUUCUGCAGAUGAGAUAAUUCUUUCAAAUUGGGUAUUUAAAUGUUUUGUUGCAGGAGAGUUGGCCAAGCUUGUGGAAGAUGAAAAUGUAGACUUCAUGACGUUGGAAAGAGUGGUGAAGGUGGGCUUGUGGUGUGUUCAAGAAGAUCCAGCUUUGCGCCCUUCAAUGAAGAAUGUAAUCUUGAUGUUGGAAGGAAAAAUAAAUAUUCCUAUUCCUCCAUCACCAGAUCUUUCCAUUGUUGUUUCAUGAUAUGUGCACUUUCGUUGAUA